AACUACACUCCUUGAUUUACCAGCUCUCCUCUCUCUUUCUAUCUCUCUAAAAAGGUGUAUAAUCCCACUAGGUGAUCUUACAACUUAAGCUUUUAAACUGAGAGCAAAACGGAUUGUGAAACACCAAGUGCUGGUUUUAUCUUUGUUUCCUGAACUCACAAUGAAUAAGCCCAUGGCCCCGUUGCUGCUCGCUGCCACGCUUAUGGCAAGCGGUGCUAUUGCACAGACACAAACUGUUUGGGGACAAUGUGGAGGUACAGGCUACAGCGGUCCGACAAACUGUGCUUCUGGUUCUGCAUGCUCAACACUUAACCCCUAUUACGCCCAGUGCAUUCCCGGCGCAACCAGCUUCACUACAUCGACUACCUCGACCAAACCACCAGGUUCUGGGUCAACCACAACAUCUUCAGCUUCCGCACCAACUGGCUCUGGUCAGACGCGAUUUGCUGGCAUUAACAUUGCUGGAUUCGACUUUGGCUGCACAACUGAUGGAACCUGUGUUACUUCGCAAGUAUAUCCACCAUUGAAAAACUUUGAUGGUGCGAACAACUAUCCAGAUGGUAUUGGUCAGAUGCAGCACUUUGUCAAUAAUGAUAAAUUAAACAUCUUCCGUCUACCUGUUGGGUGGCAAUAUCUUGUUAACAACAAUCUGGGUGGAACUUUGGAUGCCACCAAUCUCGGCUAUUAUGACCAGCUCGUUCAAGGCUGCUUAGCCACGGGAGCAUACUGUAUUGUCGAUAUCCAUAACUAUGCACGUUGGAAUGGCGCGAUUAUUGGCCAAGGAGGCCCUACAAAUGCUCAGUUCACCAACCUUUGGACCCAAUUAGCAACUAAAUACGCCUCCCAGUCGAAAAUUUGGUUUGGCAUUGUUAAUGAGCCACAUGAUGUGGAUAUUAACACUUGGGCCACGACUGUGCAAGCCGUUGUUACCGCCAUCCGUAACGCGGGUGCCACGACGCAAUUCAUUUCACUACCAGGAACCGAUUAUCAGUCUGCCGGAAACUUCCUUAGCGAUGGCAGUUCCACUGCCUUAUCUCAAGUGAAGAACCCGGAUGGUUCAACAACGAAUUUGAUCUUUGAUCUCCACAAAUACCUUGACUCAGAUAAUUCUGGCACUUCCACAACUUGCGUCACUAACAACAUCGCUACCGCAUUCCAGCCUGUCGCAACCUGGCUUCGCCAGAACAAACGCCAAGCUAUUCUGACCGAAACUGGUGGCGGCAACACUCAGUCAUGCAUUCAGGACGUGUGCCAACAGAACCAGUUCCUCAACCAAAACUCUGACGUUUUCCUCGGUUACCUUGGCUGGGGUGCGGGCUCAUUUGAUAGCACUUACGCACUGACCUUGACGCCGACCCAAAACGGAAACACUUGGACUGACACUGCUCUGGCAGCAGCUUGCUUCUCCCGCGCAUAGACUUUGAGAGAACGCAGGCGCAGUUAGUCAUUUCGUGUCUUACUCGUUAUCUUCUCUUCUAUUGAACAUAUUCUUUUUUCUUAGUGAAAAUUUCCUUGACAUUUAGUUAAUCAUUAGAAACCUGUGAAUAUCGGAUGCAUCUCUUCAAUGAU